AAGAAGACAAACAAAUAUGUGGGGGAAAAAACAUCUUACUUGUGUCUUUAUAUUAUUUAUGUGGAUAACAGCUGUCAGGUUGGUGAAUGGUAGCAACUUCUGUUCUGGACGAGUGGAGGUUCUCUAUAAUGGAACAUGGGGAACAGUGUGUGAUAAUGGCUGGGAUCUGUCAGAUGCUGCAGUGGUGUGUAGAGAGAUGGGAUGUGGGAAUGUGAUAAAAGCAAAGAGUUCUGCUUAUUUUGGACAAGGAUCAGGACAGAUAUGGAUGGAUGGUGUAAAUUGUGCUGGGAAUGAGUCCUCACUAAAGAACUGUAGGACACAUGGAUGGGGAAUACAUGACUGUGGACAUUAUGAAGAUGCUGGAGUCAUUUGCAACUUAUCUGUCAGGUUGGUGAAUGGCGAUCACUCCUGUUCUGGACGAGUGGAGGUUCUCUAUAAUGGAACAUGGGGAACAGUGUGUGAUGAUGGCUGGGAUCUGUCAGAUGCUGCAGUGGUGUGUAGAGAGGUGGGCUGUGGGAAUGUGAUAGAGGCAAAAAGAGGUGCUUAUUUUGGACAAGGAUCAGGACAGAUAUGGAUGGAUGAUGUAAACUGCAUUGGCACUGAGUCCUCACUAAAGAACUGUGGGACACCUGGAUGGGGAAUACAUAACUGUGGACAUCAUAAAGAUGCUGGAGUCAUCUGCAACUUAUCUGUCAGGUUGGUGAAUGGUGACAACUGUUCUGGACGAGUGGAGGUUCUCUAUAACGGUCAGUGGGGAACAGUGUGUGAUGAUUACUGGGAUCUGUCAGAUGCUGCAGUGGUGUGUAGAGAGAUAGGCUGUGGGAAUGUGAUCGAGGCAAAGAUUGCUGCUUAUUUUGGACAAGGAUCAGGACAGAUAUGGAUGGAUGAUAUAAACUGCACUGGCACUGAGUCCUCACUAAGGAACUGUGGGACAAAUGGAUGGGGAAGACAUAACUGUGGACAUCAUGAAGAUGCUGGAGUCAUCUGCAACUCUGUCAGGUUGGUAAACGGCAGUCACUCCUGUUCUGGACGAGUGGAGGUUCUCUAUAAUGGAACAUGGGGAACAGUGUGUGAUGAUGACUGGGAUCUGUCAGAUGCUGCAGUGGUGUGUAGAGAGAUGGGCUGUGGGAAUGCUACAGAGGCCAAAAAAGGUGCUUUUUUUGGGAACGGCUCCGGACCAAUAUGGAUGAAUAAUGUAAAUUGUUAUGGGAAUGAGCUUACUCUAAAGAGAUGCAUUUCACCUGGAUGGGUCGUACAGAACUGUAGUCAUUAUAAAGAUGCUGGAGUCAUCUGUCAAUGUGAGUCAAAAACAUGAAUAAAAAUGAGACAACAUCCACAACAUUACUAGCUCUUGUUUAAACAUUGAACUAAUAUAACAUUCAUCAUCAUUGUCUUUGAAAGA